UUCAUGACCUGGUUUGGGUCUCAGUUUAACUGUGAAUGAUUGAAGGGCCUUGUACGAGCUUUGUCUCGUGACUCUACAUUUUCAUCCUCAUUCUCGCUAGGGAUUUUCAUUUUCAUUUUGCUGGGUGAGAGCUUUCUUCACAUUUGAUUGCUGAAAUCUUUCAUUUCCUUGUUUCCUUUCUCACAUCAUCAGCCUUAACAUCUCUGCUUCUGUUCUUCAAGUUGAAUCUAAUAGCAGCCAUAUGCUUUUUCUCUCUAUUCCCCUCCAUAGCCCUUUGUCAGGUCGUUUGCAACUCUCCCCGCCCUCAUACUCAUUCUGAUCUCCUCUACUCAUUUCAUUCUCAUUUUGCCCAUAUGUCUAUGUCGCUCUGCUCCUUUGCUUGCUAAACCUUUCAAUUUCCUUGAUUUCUGUUUUUGCGACACUGAUUCCCGUAGCCAGCAGCCUGUUGUUAGUUUACUGCUGCCGUUUUUUUGGUUUUCUGUCAUCGAUCUGAUCUGUGUUCCAAAAGAGAAGAAAGGAGUAGCAAGUAGAAAAUGGAAGAAAUUGUUGCGAAGGUUGCAGCAAAAGUUUCAAAGUGCCUGGUUGUUCCAGUUAAGCGUCAGCUGGGUUAUCUGUUUAACUACCGUACCAACAUUGAGGACCUCUCUCAAGAGGUUGAGAAGCUGAGGCAUGCCAGGGAUGGGCACCAACACUCUGUGAAUGAAGCUAUUGGGAAUGGACAUAAAAUCGAGGAUUAUGUUUGCAAGUGGUUGACACGUGCUGAUGGGUUCAUACAAGACGCUUGCAAAUUCCUUGAAGAUGAGAAAGAGGCACAGAAGAGUUGUUUCAAUGGGUUGUGUCCUAAUUUGAAGUCCCGGUACCAGCUAAGCAGGGAAGCAAGGAAGAAGGCACGGGUUGCUGUUCAAAUGCAUGGAGAUGGCCAAUUUGUGAGGGUAUCAUAUCGUGCCCCUCUGCAAGAGAUAAGGUCUGCACCUUCCGAAGCUUUACGAUCAAGAGUGUUGACUUUGGAUGAAGUCAUGGAGGCCUUAAGGGAUGCCAAGAUCAACAAGAUCGGGGUAUGGGGGUUGGGCGGUGUCGGGAAGACCACGCUGGUGAAACAAGUGGCUGAACAAGCUGCUCAAGAGAAGUUAUUCGACAAGGUGGUCACGGCAGCUGUGUUACAGACUCCAGACUUAAAAAAAAUUCAAGGGGAACUUGCAGACCUGCUAGGUAUGAAAUUUGAGGAGGAGAGUGAACAGGGAAGAGCAGCUCGACUAUAUCAGAGGAUGAACAAUGAGAAGACCAUCCUCAUCAUCUUGGAUGAUAUUUGGGCGAAACUUGACUUGGAGAAAAUAGGAAUUCCUUCUCCAGAUCACCACAAAGGAUGCAAAUUAGUGCUAACUUCUAGAAAUGAACACAUCUUGUCCAAUGAGAUGGAUACUCAAAAGGAUUUUCGAGUUCAACCUUUGCAAGAAGAUGAAACAUGGAUUUUAUUUAAGAACACAGCUGGUUCCAUUGAAAAUCCAGAGUUGCAACCUAUAGCUGUUGAUGUAGCAAAAGAAUGCGCGGGUUUGCCACUUGCAAUAGUAACUGUGGCAACAGCAUUGAAAGGCGAGAAGAGUGUGUCCAUUUGGGAGGAUGCCCGGCUACAACUGAAAUCGCAAACCUCGACAAACAUAACAGGACUGACAUCAAAUGUAUACUCAAGUCUGAAGUUGAGCUACGAACACUUGAAGGGAAUUGAAGUGAAGUCAUUUUUCUUGCUUUGUGGUUUAAUUUCUCAAAAUGAUUUUCAUAUAUGGGACUUGUUGAAAUAUGGUGUGGGUCUGCGAUUAUUUCAAGGAACUAAUACAUUGGAAGAGGUGAAAAAUAGAAUAGAUACAUUGGUUAACAACCUCAAAUCCUCAAAUUUGUUACUAGAAACUGGCCAUAAUGCAGUUGUUAGAAUGCAUGAUCUUGUUCGGAGUACUGCCAGAAAAAUUGCAUCCGAUCAACAUCAUGUGUUUACACUCCAGAAUACUACUGUAAGAGUGGAAGGAUGGCCAAGGAUAGAUGAACUCCAGAAGGUCACCUGGGUAAGUCUGCAUGACUGUGAUAUUCAUGAACUUCCAGAAGGGCUGGUAUGUCCAAAACUUGAACUUUUUGGAUGUUAUGAUGUAAACACCAAUUCGGCAGUGCAAAUUCCAAACAAUUUUUUUGAAGAGAUGAAGCAACUCAAAGUAUUGCAUUUAUCUCGAAUGCAACUUCCAUCGCUGCCCUUAUCACUUCAGUGCCUUACAAAUCUUCGAACAUUGUGUUUGGAUGGAUGCAAGGUGGGAGACAUUGUUAUAAUUGCAAAGCUAAAGAAAUUAGAAAUUCUUAGCCUUAUGGAUUCUGAUAUGGAACAGUUGCCCAGAGAAAUAGCGCAGUUGACUCAUCUAAGGAUGUUAGAUUUGAGCGGUUCUUCGAAACUGAAAGUAAUUCCAUCAGAUGUCAUAUCAAGCUUGUCCCAAUUAGAGAAUUUGUGUAUGGCAAAUAGCUUUACUCAAUGGGAGGGGGAAGGAAAGAGUAAUGCUUGCCUUGCUGAGUUGAAGCAUUUGUCUCAUUUAACCUCUUUGGACAUACAAAUACCAGAUGCCAAGUUGCUGCCAAAAGACAUAGUCUUUGAUACCUUGGUGAGAUAUAGAAUAUUUGUAGGUGAUGUCUGGAGCUGGGGAGGAAUUUUUGAGGCCAAUAAUACAUUGAAGCUCAAUAAGUUCGAUACAAGCCUUCAUCUGGUGGAUGGUAUCAGCAAGUUGUUGAAGAGAACUGAAGAUCUACACUUGCGUGAAUUGUGUGGUUUUACUCAUGUUCUUUCCAAAUUAAAUAGGGAGGGUUUUCUUAAAUUAAAGCAUCUUAAUGUUGAAAGCAGCCCAGAGAUUCAAUAUAUUGCGAACUCAAUGGAUCUGACUUCAACACAUGGUGUCUUUCCUGUUAUGGAGACCUUGUCUCUCAAUCAGCUGAUUAACUUGCAAGAAGUAUGCCAUGGUCAAUUUCCAGCAGGGUCGUUUGGUUGCUUGAGAAAAGUGGAAGUGGAAGAUUGUGAUGGCUUGAAAUUUCUCUUCUCGUUGUCUGUGGCUAGAGGCCUUUCCCGACUUGUAGAAAUAAAAGUAACUAGAUGCAAGAGUAUGGUUGAGAUGGUUUCCCAAGGAAGGAAAGAAAUAAAAGAAGAUACUGUUAAUGUGCCUCUGUUCCCUGAAUUGAGACACUUGACAUUGCAGGACUUACCCAAGCUCAGUAAUUUCUGCUUUGAGGAGAACCCGGUGCACUCGAUGCCUCCAAGCACGAUUGUUGGUCCUAGUACACCACCUCUCAACCAACCGGAGAUCAGGGAUGACCAACGUCUGCUUUCCUUGGGGGGCAACCUCCGGUCUCUCAAGUUGAAGAAUUGCAAGUCACUGGUGAAACUAUUCCCACCCAGUUUGUUACAGAAUUUGCAAGUACUCACAGUGGAAAACUGCGAUAAACUGGAACAAGUAUUUGAUCUGGAUGAUGCACAUGUUGGGCUCCUCCCUAAAUUAGCAGUACUGGUUUUGAUUGAUUUACCAAAGUUGAGGCAUAUAUGCCAACUGUGGCAAUAGCAUAUUCCCUAAAUUAAUCCAUAUUUCACUGAAAUCUUUGCCCAACCUCUCAAGCUUCUCCUCUGGAUAUCAUUCCUCCCUAAGGCUUCACCAUGCAGACCUUGAUACCCCUUUCCCAGUGCUCUUUAAUGAAACGGUUGCAUUUCCUAGCUUGGAGUUUUUAAACAUCGUGGGACUGGAUAAUGUGAAAAAAAUAUGGCACAGCCAACUUCCUCAAGAUUCCUUUUCCAAACUAAAAAGGGUGAAGGUAGCAACAUGUGGAGAAUUGUUGAAUAUUUUUCCAUCUAGUAUGCUGAACAGGUUACAGAGUCUACGGUUUCUGAAAGCAGAGGAUUGUAGUUCAUUAGAAGAGGUUUUUGAUGUGGAAGGGACAAAUGUGAAUGUGAAGGAAGGUGUAACUGUCACUCAGUUGAGUCAAUUGAUUCUAAGAUCACUGCCAAAAGUUGAGAAGAUAUGGAAUGAGGAUCCCCAUGGAAUUCUCAAUUUUCAAAACUUACAAUCAAUAACGAUUGAUGAAUGUCAGAGUUUGAAAAACCUUUUUCCAGCAUCUUUAGUCAGAGAUCUUGUGCAACUCCAGGAGCUGCAUGUGUUGUGUUGUGGGAUAGAGGAAAUCGUUGCGAAGGACAAUGGAGUCGACACACAGGCUACGUUUGUAUUCCCUAAAGUAACUUCUCUCGAACUCUCCUAUCUACAUCAACUCAGGAGUUUCUACCCAGGGGCGCAUCCUUCAUGGUGGCCAUCGUUGAAACAACUGACGGUGCGUGAGUGUUAUAAAGUCAAUGUAUUUGCAUUCGAAAAUCCAACAUUCCGACAAAGACAUCAUGAGGGAAAUCUUGAUAUGCCACUUUCCUUGCUCCAACCUGUUGAGUUCCCUAAUUUGGAGGAAUUAACAUUGGAUCACAACAAAGAUACAGAAAUAUGGCCAGAGCAAUUUCCAGUGGACUCCUUUCCCAGACUAAGAGUUCUGGAUGUAUGUGAAUAUAGAGAUAUUUUGGUUGUGAUUCCUUCCUUUAUGCUUCAAAUAUUACAAAAUUUGGAAGUACUUAAAGUGGCAGGAUGUGAUUCAGUCAAAGAGGUAUUCCAACUUGAAGGACUUGACAACGAAAAUCAAGCCAAGAGGCUUGGACGGUUAAGAGAAAUAUGGUUGUGUGAUCUUCCUGAGCUGACGCAUUUGUGGAAGGAAAACUCCAAACCAGGCCUUGAUUUGCUAAGUCUCAAGAGUCUUGAAGUGCGGAAUUGUGUCCGUUUGAUAAAUUUGGUACCAUCCUCGGCAUCUUUCCAAAAUCUAGCUACUCUAGAUGUGCAGUCUUGUGGUAGUCUGAGAAGUUUGAUAUCACCCUCGGUAGCUAAAAGUCUGGUAAAACUCAAAACACUCAAAAUAGGUGGAUCACAUAUGAUGGAAGAAGUAGUUGCCAACGAAGAAGGAGAAGCAGCAGAUGAGAUUGCUUUCUGCAAAUUACAACACAUGGCACUUAAAUGUUUGUCAAACCUCACAAGCUUCAGUUCAGGGGGUUAUAUAUUCUCAUUCCCAUCCUUGGAGCAUAUGGUGUUGAAAAAAUGCCCCAAGAUGAAAAUUUUCUCUCCGGGCCUCGUAACUACACCAAGGCUAGAAAGAAUAAAAGUGGGAGAUGAUGAGUGGCAUUGGCAGGAUGAUCUAAAUACCACCAUCCAUAAUUUGUUCAUAAAUAAACACGGUAAUGUUGAGGCUGAGAUUAUGGAAUUGGGAGUUGGUUCAGCAUUAUGAUUACAUCAUGCAUUGUUCUUGGGAAUAUUACUGUUUGGCUCGAUUGAUUUCUAACCAUGUUAAUGCAAUAUGUAUCACUCUAUCUCAAUCUAUUUGGUUAUAUUUUAGGUUUACAUAGAUUUGUUGGAUUGUAUGAUAUUUUCCACAUUGUUCAUAAUUGUUGAAAUUUCUUCAUAAA